CGCCGCACACGGAGGCCGCAGCCGCACUCGCCUCCUCUCCUCCACUCCUCCUCCCGCAUCCGCGGAAACCCUAGCCUCCUCUCUCUCUCUCCUCGUUCACUCGUUCCUCGCGCCGCCGCCGCGACCCGCGAGCGGGAGGAGGAGCCAUGGCGCCGACCAAGGGGGAGGGGCCAGCGAUCGGCAUCGACCUCGGGACGACCUACUCGUGCGUGGGGGUGUGGCAGCACGACCGCGUCGAGAUCAUCGCCAACGACCAGGGGAACCGCACCACCCCCUCCUACGUCGGGUUCACGGACACCGAGCGCCUCAUCGGGGAUGCCGCCAAGAACCAGGUCGCCAUGAACCCCAUCAACACCGUCUUCGAUGCCAAGCGUCUUAUCGGCAGACGGUUUUCUGAUGCCUCUGUCCAGAGCGAUAUCAAGAUGUGGCCUUACAAGGUUAUUCCUGGCCCAGGGGAUAAGCCUAUGAUUGUAGUGCAGUACAAGGGUGAGGAGAAGCAAUUCUCUGCCGAAGAAAUUUCAUCCAUGGUUCUUAUCAAGAUGCGUGAGAUCGCUGAAGCUUACCUAGGGUCAACUGUGAAGAAUGCUGUUGUCACUGUUCCUGCAUACUUCAAUGAUUCCCAGAGGCAGGCAACUAAAGAUGCAGGUGUUAUUGCGGGUCUUAAUGUUAUGCGUAUCAUCAAUGAGCCAACAGCUGCUGCAAUUGCUUAUGGUCUUGACAAGAAGGCGACUAGUGUUGGUGAGAAGAACGUGCUCAUUUUUGACCUUGGUGGUGGUACUUUUGAUGUCUCCCUCCUUACCAUUGAGGAGGGUAUUUUUGAGGUGAAAGCAACAGCUGGUGACACUCACCUUGGUGGGGAGGACUUUGACAACCGCCUGGUGAACCACUUUGUCCAAGAGUUCAAGAGAAAGCAUAAGAAGGAUAUCAGCGGGAACCCCAGGGCUUUGAGGAGGCUCAGAACAUCAUGUGAAAGGGCAAAGAGGACCCUCUCCUCCACUGCCCAAACUACUAUUGAAAUUGAUUCCCUCUUUGAGGGUGUUGAUUUCUAUUCCACCAUCACCAGAGCCAGGUUUGAGGAGCUUAACAUGGACCUCUUCAGGAAAUGUAUGGAGCCUGUGGAGAAGUGCCUGAGGGAUGCAAAGAUGGACAAGAGCACUGUCCAUGAUGUUGUCCUUGUUGGUGGUUCAACUAGAAUCCCUAGGGUUCAGCAGCUUCUGCAGGAUUUCUUCAAUGGGAAGGAACUCUGCAAGAGCAUUAACCCUGAUGAAGCUGUGGCAUACGGUGCUGCCGUCCAGGCUGCUAUCCUUAGUGGAGAGGGGAACGAGAAGGUGCAGGAUCUUCUUCUCCUUGAUGUGACUCCACUGUCUCUUGGUCUCGAGACAGCGGGAGGUGUGAUGACAGUGCUCAUCCCAAGGAACACCACCAUUCCUACCAAGAAGGAGCAGGUCUUCUCCACCUACUCCGAUAACCAGCCUGGUGUGUUGAUUCAGGUCUAUGAGGGUGAGAGGACACGGACCAGGGACAACAAUCUCCUUGGCAAAUUUGAGCUGUCUGGAAUCCCUCCUGCCCCUAGGGGAGUCCCUCAGAUCACUGUCUGCUUUGACAUUGAUGCCAACGGUAUCCUGAAUGUGUCUGCCGAAGACAAGACAACUGGCCAGAAGAACAAGAUAACCAUCACAAAUGACAAGGGAAGGCUGAGCAAAGAGGAGAUAGAGAAGAUGGUUCAGGACGCCGAGAAGUACAAGUCCGAGGAUGAAGAGCACAAAAAGAAAGUUGACGCCAAGAAUUCCCUGGAGAACUAUGCUUACAACAUGAGGAACACUAUCCAAGACGAGAAGAUUGCUUCCAAGCUGCCAGCUGACGACAAGAAAAAGAUUGAGGACGCGGUCGAGCAGGCGAUCCAGUGGCUGGACAACAACCAGCUCGCUGAGGUUGAAGAGUUCGAAGACAAGAUGAAGGAGCUGGAGGGCCUGUGCAACCCAAUUAUUGCCAAGAUGUACCAGGGUGCUGGUGCCGACAUGGGUGGUGGAAUGGACGAUGAUGCUCCGGCUGCUGGUGGGAGUGGUGCUGGCCCUAAGAUUGAGGAGGUCGACUAAAUCAAUACACCUUCGUAUAUGUGAUGAGAAAAAUAUUGAUCAUACACCUUUUGUUUUCAAAUCCCAGUUGGCAAUCAUACCACUUGGGCUACUCGUACUUUCUGUUAACUAAAGACUUAUUAUCACCUGAUGCUUGAGUUUGGACUUCUAGUCUCAGAUUCGAACAGACAUUCAGUAAUGUGAUGAUGUUUCAGUUUUUACCAGGUGGCCGCGGCAGAAUUACCCCUUUUGUUUUACUGCUGUAUUACAAUUGCAAUUGAUUAUGCUAGGUGGGUUUGGCCCCCGGUUACUUAAAUA